AUGUUUUUUUUUUUUUUUACCGCAGCAUAUGCAAAAGCUCAUUCCUCUUUGUAGCUUAAUCGAUCUUCUUAAUAUUUAAAUAAAUAAUAAUGGCGGCUAUUCCUUCUCUAACUAUGGUGUUGAUGGGUCGUACUGGAAAUGGAAAAAGUGCAACUGGAAAUAGUAUUCUUGGAAAAAAGGUGUUCACAUCAAGAAAAAGUUCAUCUGGCAUUACAAAAACUUCUACCUUGGAGAAAUGUGUACGAAACGAUGGGCAAAUCAUAAAUGUCAUCGAUACUCCUGGAAUGUUCGAUUUAUCUAAUGGAACAGAAUCCACCUCAAGAGAAAUAACCAAGUGCAUAAAAUUGGCAAGUGGAUGCAUUCACGCAGUUAUUUUAGUUUUUUCAGUAAGGAACCGAUUCAGUCAAGAAGAAGAAGCCACCAUUAAAACCCUACAAAAUACAUUUGGACCCAAAAUUGUGGAUUACACCAUUGUCAUCUUAACGGGAGGCGACGAGUUCGAUGACGGCGAUGACAUAGAAGAUUACUUGAGCCAUGAAUGUCCUGCGGCUUUGAAGGAUAUACUAGCUGCCUGCAAGAACAGAUGUGUGAUUUUUGACAACAAAACUAAGAGUGAAGCAAAGAAGGAAGAACAAGUGAAUGAGCUUUUGGGUUUGGUGAAGGAAAUUAUCGACCAAAAUGGAGGACAGCCCUACAAACCUCCUUUGAUUUCUAAUAAAAAACUUGAGAAGGAAUUUGAUGAAGUCAAAAGAAAGCUUGAACAGUCUUGCACGCAAGGCAUUUAUUCUGAUCCCAAGCUUGAGGAAAAGUUGAAUGAGUUUACGCUCCAGGUAAAUAACACAUUUCAACGACGAUUAGAAGAUGAAAGAGAAGCACGUCGUCAAGUAGAAGAGAAAACACAACAAAUACAGAAACAAUAUAAUGAUGAAAUUCAGAAGCUCGAUAAAUUGCUAAAUAUUUCAUCCCAAAGGCCAUCACCCGUCGAGAUUGAGCAAAAUUAUGAACAUGAUAAUCUAAUUCAGCCAACACCUCAUAAUCUAGUUCAGCCAGCACCCGUCGGGGUUGAGCAAAAUUCUGAAUAUCAUAAUCCAUUUCGAUCUAUAAUGAGACGCCUAAGACGUCUACUUAGAAUGUAAUAAACAUUGUUUUAGUACGAUUGCAUGCAUUAUAUGUGUAAUUUAAAUAUAUUUAAACCUUGCUUGAAUAAGGCAUCUGCCAUCUGUGAUGUGUCUCUUUGUAUAUUGCACUGUUAAACGAUCGAUGUAAUGGAUUAUUAUCAUAUAUAUCCUAUAUGUUAUAUAUAUUUCA